GGUGAAAUCAACUUUGUGUGUGCUCUACCUGGUUGUGAUAUCAUAUGGUCUUACGGAGAGGUUUGUAAAAUGGCUCUUUUGACCCCUGAGGAAAAGGAGUACUUUGGACAAACCAUGACCUUGAAUGCUAUGAAGCAUCAUUUUGAUUACAAAUUAUGUCCUGGAUGCAGUUCAUGUGUUGUGAGAAAGGAUGUAUCUAACCUGAGUGUCUGCUGCAGCUGGUGCAGCAAAGAAAAAGACAGAACCUAUGAGUUCUGUUGGCAGUGUUUGAAGGAAUGGAAGGGUCCACGGCCUCGGUCAGACCGCUGUGACAAUGUUGGCUGCUCCGACAAAACACUUCAAAUAUUGAAAAACUGUGAAGAUAUCAUCUUUGAGUCUGUGAAUAAUGUCAGUGGUUGUCCCUGCAUCCGUGCUUGUCCCACCUGUGGCGUGCUGGUGGAGCAUAACAAAAAAGAGUGUAAAAAUAUUGUCUGCCCAGCAUGUAAGAAGUUGUUCUGUUUUGUGUGCCUGAAACUCACAAGUGAAUGUGCAGGAAAAAGAGGAAUGCAUUUCGGACCUUGUGCCGAUGGUAUGGUGGCCCCAAGACAGACCUCUAUACCUACGUGGCAAAAGCAAUAGAUUUAACAGCGUCUUUUUUCUCUCUCUCUUCUUUGUUUGCUUUGCUCUGUUUUCCAUCAAUCUCUGAUUUUGAAAUGGCAUCCCUUUAUUUUAAACAUGUUUUGUAAAAUCUUGUGUAAAACUCUGUCUAUUCAGCAUCACAAAGUAUUGAAAUUGUUAUGAAAAGAAAGCAAGAUAGAAUCUGUGGUUUUCUCUGUAGGAGUGUAGGCUCUUUACCUUAUAAUAUAAAGUUCCCUGAGAUGACUGUUGUUGUGAUUUGCCACUAUAUGAAUAAAACAGAAUUGAAUUGAAUUAAGUUGAAAGUCUUAUGUCUAUAUUAUUAGGCUCAGAAACUGAAAAAGUUAGAAAAACUAACUCUGGUUUUGAAACUUCAGUAACAGAAAGUUCAGUGUUUGUAGAGGCUGCAUGCUUUUCCCUCUCCUUCCCCUGUCCUUUCAGUUUUCUCGAGAACGUUGCCAAUUGGUUCAUUUGGUUUUCACCGGUUAUCCUUUCACCUAUUUUAAUGAAAGUAAACACCGAACCUGUCCUCUACACACACCACAGA